GCGGGUCUUCCUCCCAGAGGACAGUAAGUGGACGGAAGGGAUCCUGGCAAGGUGCUCGGUGAAGACGUUGCUGCAGUUCUUCUGAUCAGGAUGCACCAGUUGUCUUCGUCCACUGUCCAUCUUCUGUCUAGCGCCCAAGUGAUAACAGCAGUGGUCAGUGUUGUAAAAGAACUUGUAGAGAAUGCGUUAGAUGCAUGUGCUACAAAUAUAGAAGUGAAACUGGAAAACUUCGGCUUUGAUAAAAUUGAGGUCCGAGAUAAUGGGAUUGGCAUUAAAGCAGCAGACACACCUGUCAUGGGCAUCAAGCAUUAUACAUCUAAAAUAUCCAGCCAUGAAGAUUUAGAAUCAUUACAAACAUAUGGCUUUCGCGGAGAAGCUUUGUGCUCAAUCUGCUCCGUUGCCGAGGUACACAUUUCGACAAAGACAGCCACUGACCCGGUUAGCACUCAGUAUGUUUUGGAUAACAAUGGACAUGUUGUGUCAGAGAAGCCAUCACACCUUGGACAAGGCACUACAGUCUCUGUAAUGAAAUUGUUCAAAAAUCUGCCUGUUCGAAAGCAGUAUUAUUCCACUGCAAAAAAAUGUAAGGAAGAGCUCAAAAAGAUUCAAGAUCUACUUAUUUCAUACGGACUUAUUAAGCCAGAUGUUAGGAUUGUACUUGUACAUAAUAAGGUGAUUGUCUGGCAAAAAAAUAAGGUCUCCAACCAUAAAAUGGCCCUUAUUUCAGUUUUGGGAACUACAGUCAUGAAUGCUAUGACACCCUUUCAGCAUCAGUGUGAAAAUCCAGAGAUAUUUAUUAAUGGAUACCUUCCAAGGCCAGAGGCAGACCGAACACUAACUAGUGUCCAUGGCCCAGAAAAGAGUUUUAUCUUCAUAAACCAGCGCCCUGUCCUUCACAAAGACAUAUUAAAGAUAGUUCGUCUGUAUUAUAAUGAAAGAAAGGAUUUUUCCCACUGCUAUCCAGUUUUCUUCAUGAAUAUUCUUGUCCCAGCUUCAUCUGUGGAUGUAAAUGUAACACCAGAUAAAACCCAAGUGUUGCUACAUAAUAAGGAAUUUGUUCUUCAAGCUGUGGAGAAUGUAUUGAAAUCUGUUUACACGGACACAGUAACUGUGUCAGUUUGCAAACCCGAAGCACAGUCCAAAAAUAUUAACACCAAGUACAUUGAAUAUCCAAGUACAGAUGAGCAAAAAAAAAACAAUAGUGAAAAUUCGGAUAGAGGAGAGCAAACUGUGUCUUUGUCUCCUGAAAAUAAUAAAAAUAAUGAUAAUAGCGAGAGAGAGCUACAGUCUCAUGUGUAUUUAAAACAUCAGUCAUCCAGCCGUGAUCAGUCACUUAAUGUUGACUUUGCUGGCAAAGAAUGUCCUGAAGCAUAUAUAAUUAGUUCUUCAUCAAACCAAGGAAACCAGAGUGAUUAUACUUUAAGAAGAAACCAGAAAGUUAGUCUUGAAAUAGAGGUACUGAAAAAUAUAGCACCCAGUGAUAAGCAUACUGUAACUGAUGAUGAUUGGAGCAGAGGGCAUUCUUUAAGAAAUGCCACUGGAGAAGAUUUACAACCAGUAAUGAUUUUGAGUCCUUCAAAUGUAAGCCAUGUUGUUGAAAAUGUAUAUGAAAAUUUGGAUAAGACGUGUAAUGAAAAUACAAACCAGAAAUCAGCAAAUAUAAUAACUGAGAAAUUUGGGUUCAUUACUGCUUAUGAUCUCAUGAACAAUCAAGUGAUCAGGAAACCCAUGUCAGCAAUACAAAUAUUUACUCAGGAAUACAAGGCUAAGUUCCUUAAAGACAGUCCAGUGGUUCAGUUUGAUGAAAUACCUUCAGUUAUUUCGGAGCUAUGGGAACACCUCAGUGAAGAAGAUAAACUCAGAUAUGAAGAAAAAGCAACUAAGGACUUGCAGAGGUACAACUCGCAGACGGCAAAAGCUGUUGGGGAAACAAAAGAAAAGGCAAAAGAAACAGGGGAAAAAAUUAAAUUGACCCUGAACAAAAUCCCUCAAAAAAUUAAACUGAAAACCCCGAUGUCCAAUCAGCAAAUUUUGAAUAAGUUGUUUCAUUCUCAAGUUCAGAAGAAAGCUGUGGUACUCACUGUCAAAACAAUCAAAAUAGAUUUUAGCUUGUGCAAUCUAAAGCAACAACUUUGCAACCUUGGAAGAAAAGAAAUGCUUGAUUUUGGGGAACUUACCGUAAUAAGUAAACUGAAUCUACCUGGUGCUUGGAUUGUAGCAUCAAAGAACGAUAUUGCUUUACUGAACCCAUAUAGAGUAGAAGAAGCUUUAUUGUAUAAACGCCUUCUGAAAGACCAUAAAAUUCCAGUGGAUAAGUUGGACUUGCCAAUUAUAUUAAAUGAUAGAUUGGUUGGUGGACCCAAGUAUUUCACAGCUCUGCUAAGUAUGCAAAAGGAUAGUCCAAGACCAAAUGGACAUAUUUACUUCUCAGAUGUCAGACUCACAUAUAAUGGAUUUCAGAUAAAAAUGAUGCCAGGCUCAUCAAAUUUUACUGACCAUGUUGAGAUUGAAGCUAUAACUAAACAUUUGCCCUUUUUUGGAAUAACUGAUCUCAAAGAAGUUUUAAGCUCUGUGGUGAAUGGAAAUAAAAACUUGUGGGAGUGUAGGCCCUUGAAAGUUCUGAAUUAUUUAGAGGGAGAAGCUGUAAGAUUAGCUCGACAAUUGCCCUUAAACCUAUCAAAACUUGAUGUUAUUAACACAGUGCAUCGUAUGAAAAAACAGCUCAGUGGUAACCAGAAAGAAUGUAUCCAUGGUCGACCGUUUUUCCACCAACUUUCAGACAUUCCUGAAUCAGAUGACUAACUGUUUAUGUAACUUUAUUUUAUGAAUUCAUUAUUCCAAUUAUAUAGCACUAAGGGGCACAUGUAUAUGAGCAUGAUGUAAAAGUUUUCAUGUGUGUAGUUUGGAUGCAAACUAUGCUUCAGCACAACCCAGUUGUAAAACUCUAAUUGUAUUUAAUGAAACCAGAUGAAACAAUAACAUUGAACAGUCAUCAUAUAACAGAAUUGUGGCAAACUGUGUUGCACAUGAAACCUCAGUUUUUUUCAAUUAUCUUUCAGUUCCAUAGAAUUAUCUUCUUAGGCUCCAUUCAGACGUCCGCAAAUGGGUCCGCAUCCAUUCCGCAAUAUUGGGAACGGGUGCGG